AUGUUCAGCGACGUCUCCCAGAUGGCCCAGAGAUCAGUCUUGGUAAAAGAUGGUCUAAGCCAGCAAAUACGAGAUUAUUGGAUCAACCUUGAAGGUGAUAUCAAUGCCCUUGAGCCCAGGGCUUUAUGUAAUUAACACUUUGAUCUCCUUUUCCCCUUCUAUCAGAAACGCAAGAAUCAGUGUGUGGUCAAACAACGUGACUCUCCCAGAAGCCUGGGAAAAUGGCGGUUGUAGGAGUCCUCUAGAGAAGAAGGAAUUAAAAAAUAUAGAAGAAAUGUCUCGAGCUGAAAACUUUGUUUUGCAUUUGAAAUAUGUCCCAUCGAAUGAAAACAGUGCUGACGCGCCCUCCCGUACUUUGUUUGACAUUGAUUGUUUCUUGUCCGAGGAGGCGUGGGCCCGAGUUUCAAGCGAGCUUUGGACCACAGACGUUUAACUUGAUGUCUUUGGACAGCAACUGUUGCAGAGGAAGGAAUAGAAGCCUGUUGCCUCAUGACACACCUUAGCCGACUCCGUAUUCUUCAGGAGUUAAUGUUUUCGCACAAACAAUACAGAUGGAACAUAACGUCUAUGUCUUUCCUCCUGUCGUUCUCGUGGGACCUUUGUUGGGGGUAUUUUUUUUAAUCAACGCCGGUGUUUCGGUUAUACUGUCAUUGUCCCUCGUUUACAACGGUAUCGUUAUUGGUUGGCAAUACUCCAAGCUAUGGCAGUAG